AUGGCUGCCUCAGUGCCGCUCCAGGCAGCCGCGCAGCAGAUGCCGCAGCAGUCGCAGGACACGCCCGCCCAGGCGGUGGGCAACCAGUUUGUGUCCCAGUACUACACCGUGCAGCACGCCUCGCCCAAGCACCUGCACCGCUUCUACUCCGAUGCCAGUACCCUCACCUUUGGCGACGUGCGCCCCGACGGCUUCUUCUCCAAGAACGCCAUCGGGCAGAAGACCAUCCACGACCUGGUGAUGGAGCUGGGGUAUGAGGACACCUCGACUGAGAUUUACACAGUGGAUUCGCAGUACUCGCUGGGAGGCGGGGUGGUGGUGCAGGUGACGGGCAUCAUGCAGCACCCGGCCGGGCCCAAGCGCCCCUUUGUGCAGACCUUCUUCCUGGCGGUGCAGGAGAAGGGUUACUACGUGCUCAACGACAUCUUCAGGUAUCUGCCACUGGUGCCACCAGCUGACAACGGGGGAGCACCUGCCGCCACUGCACCGGCAGCAGCAUCCCCGGCGGUGCCACCGGCAGCUGCGGCGGCCUCCGCCACCAUGCAGCAGCAGCAGCUGGCAAUGCAGCAGCUGGCGAUGCAGCAGGCAGGCAUGCAGGCGUCGAUGCAGGCGGGCGAGCAGCCCAACGGCGUCGCUGGCGCCCGUGGGCAGCCGCCGCUGCCGGUAGCUGUGCAGUACACAGGGUAUGCGGCGGUGCCGGUGCCGGGCGGAGCAGCGCCGCCGCCGCGCCAGCCGCAGCCGCCGAAGCCAGCAGCAGAGGCAGCACGGUCAGGGGAGCCGCUGUCGUAUGCCGAGCGGCUGAGGCAGGGCGGCAAGACGUCUACGCCGGGCAGCCCAGCCAAGCAGCAGCCACAGGUAGCUGUGCCGUUGCCGUCAGCAGCGCCGCCGCCCGCAGCCGAGCAGCCGCCCACCCCUGCAGGUGCAGCCCCGCCGCCGGCUGGCGAGGAGAGCGUGCCUGGCCGGCAGCAGGCUCCCCAGCAGCAGCAGCAGCAGCAGCAGCAGUCACAGUACCAGCAGGCGGCAGAUGCCAUUCCGUAUGAGGAGCAGCCCAUUGCCAGCAUCUUUGUGCGCGGCAUCCCCGCGUCUGUGACCAUGGGGCAGCUCAUGCAGAAGCUGGAGCAGUACGGCCGCCUGCGCCCCGGGGGCGUCAUCCUGAAGACGCAGAAGGGGCGCGACAGCUUUGCUUUCAUCGAUUUCGAGGACGCGGCGCCCGCUCAGGCGCUGCUCCGCCAGGGCAUGGAGAUCGAGGGGGCGCGGCUGGAGGUGCAGCCCAAGCGCCCGCUCAUCUUCCGCCCUGCCAUGCACGGCGGGCGCAGCGACGGCGGGCGCAGCGGCGGUCACAACGGUGACAUGGGCGGCCGGCCUGGCCCCGGGCGCUACGAGGGUGGCAUGCCUGGCGGCGGCAGGGGCGAUCGCAGCGGCUUCCGGCCGGGCCGGGGUGGCGGCAGGGGUGAGCAUGCAAGGCCGCUCUCGCCCUUUGCCCUGCUGCCGGGACUUACCUGA